AUGGCAGGCGAAAAUAAUCUCCAAACCCUCCUAGCAACAAUGCGACCAAGCCUAGACCCAACAACCUACGUCUUCCUAACAACAAAACAACCCCUCCAUUCGCUACCCCUAUCAACCCUUGAACCCCAACUCCUCGUCCAAGAAGAAGAGGGCACGACAAUCGUGACAACAGAAGCCCUAGCCAAAUCCCACGGCUUCACCGAAUCAACCUUCCCCUGCAAGAAGAUCACGCUUACCAUCCACUCCAGUCUGGAAGCAGUUGGCCUCAUCGCUGCUAUUAGCAAUCGGCUUAAGGAUCAUGGCAUCAGUGCUAAUGUUGUGAGUGGGGGUUGA